UCUAAACCCAGUUUGAGUCCGAGCAUAGGAAUUAAAAUGUUUAUACAUAUGAGGAGUUCUGCUAGUGAAGCUGUCUGGAAAAAUCGCGCCCUUAGCUUUGGCUCCAUCAAGCUUUAUAGAAGGAAAACAAAAAUAUUAAAAAUGCUGCUUGUACCAAAUGUGUGGAUUUUAGGCAGUCAGUUUUAUUAUUAUAAGCUAAGUAUGGCCUGGAACACAAUGCUGUGUAGAGGAGCUGCUUAAAUAUACUUUGUAAACACAUCCCAACUUUAGGAAAGUGUGUCUGGGAUGAAUGGGACUUGGCAGGUCUGCACAAAUCUUUUAACACAUGACUGGAGUAGCAGACUUGAGGAGAGAAACCUUUUAAGGUGCAAAAGCGUGCACUUUGUUUUUAAACAAGUGUGGGAAAGAGGCUGAAGCUAAUUUAUGGUUCCGAUUUGAGCCCCAUAGUCAGGUAAAGUCAAAUAGCAGAUUUUAGUGUGGAUUAUAACAAUGGCUUGGCAUAAUUCAAUAGAGCUAUUUUAUUGGACUCUAUUAACCUGGUUAACCUUAAAUCUUAACCAUGACAGGGUUUUUAUGUAAAGAGCCUCUACACAAAGCACAAUAUUGAAUUUUAAUUGAGGCUUUCAAGGCCUUAUGAAAAGUGUGUUCUUGCCUCAUCUUUUUUCCCCUUUCUUGAAAGUUCAGGUGUCCUAAAGUCAGUUUAAAUUCUAGGUUGCACAAAUCAAUUAAGGGGAGCUAGGAUUUAAAAUCAGUCCUAUUUUUUUGAGUUUGUGUAUAUAUAGAAAAUCGAAGGUUAUUCUCAGUAUAGUGUGAACACCUUCGUAUUUACAACUGUAGCAAUAUACAAGUAUGUUUUGUAAUUGACUUGUUUACAAACUUUCUGGUCAAUUUCGCCCUUUAUGAAUGAUAGCGAUGGUAGCAAGAAAAACUGCUCAGCUCAGGGUGCUGGUACUUUACAGAGCACCAAAUCCCUCCCUCAGCUGAUAAAAUGCACGGUUUGAUUUCUGGUGCACCUGAAUUUGAAUCUCCUGGGAUGUGCCGUGAGUUCAACACCUGUUAAUUAACCCUUGUGGAUCCCCUGCCUGCAUUAGGAUCAAUACCAAGUGCAACAGGUGCUGUUGCAAGUGUAGUGCCUGUAGCUUGCAAAGUGCCUGUGUUACAGCUGAAACCUGUCACUUUAGCUGCUAAGUCACUCAGACUCCAGUGUAAAAAUUAUACAACUUCCUUAAUGUUUUAAAACCAGAGAUAUAGACAUAUUUUAAAGACCUAGCUGGCUGGAGGCCCAUUUUAGAGUGGCCGGUAAAAGCAAUAAACUAUCCUCAAACAUUUCUGCUCAAUAAAAUUUGAGAAUAUGAAAACAAAAAGUUCCUGGUUUAGCUUUUUAUAAAUGUUUUCUACACCCUGUGACUGCAAAGUGAUUUCAGCCCAUAGCUCAGAGCCAUAUGCCUUGAGCAUUGUAGGCCUCUGUCCCAAUUUACAGCAUUGAGUCUGUUACUUUCUAUUUUGAUCAGAGCAGUGAAGUUUUGUGGUCUCUGACCAAUGUCCUGCACUGGUGGAAGUGUCUAAAUAGACGGUUUUAUCAUCAAAACAGCACGUUUUUAGUGUACUUUUCUUCACUCGGGGCUCCUGGAAUCGGCUCCUUGUGCAAAACCUGAAUGAGUGUUGGAAGCUGUGAUAACACUAAGCACUUCCUGACAUAGAGAAGGCCAGUAGUUCUGCCACCAUUUGCUGUAUUUAAAGUCCUUGCUGUCUGUAAGCUGGACUGUAACUUAGAGAAAAGAAAUACCUAUACAUUUUGUUGUUUGGCUUCACAAGAUCAGAAUAUGUUUAUCCUAAACAAUCCCAUAUAGUCCGGCUUGGGAGAACCAUGGGGAUUGAAGAAUGCUACUACACUCAGGAAAAUUGCACUUUGAAAUUUAUCCAUUGGACUGAAGCAGAGAGGGUGGAUUGGAAGAAGUACUGCUGACCACUGAGAUCCAUAGCUAAGAUUCCCAAACUGCUUUGGUGAAGACCUGUGAAGCAGCACCACCUGGUAUUUUACUGCUCCCAGCUUUUAAUGCAGAUUUUAAUCAGUCCUGGAGUACUUGAAAAAUGAGUGUCCUUCUCAUUGAACCCUUUUAUGGUGGCUCCCACAAACAGCUGAUGGAUCUUCUCCAGGAAGAGCUACAAGAAGAUUGUGUCCUCUGCACACUCCCAGCCAAGAAAUGGCAUUGGAAGGCACGGACUUCUGCUCUUUAUUUCAUGCAGACAGUGCCAGCAAGUUCUAAUUACAGGAUCCUCUUUGCAAGCUCCGUGCUUAACCUGGCUGAACUCGCCGCCCUCCGCCCUGACCUUGGCAAAUUGAAAAAGGUCCUCUACUUCCAUGAGAACCAAUUGUCAUAUCCUGUCCAGAAAUGCCAGGAAAGGGAUUUUCAGUAUGGAUACAACCAGGUUCUUUCAUGUUUGGUUGCUGAUGUUGUGGUGUUCAACUCUGCUUUUAAUAUGGAAUCCUUUCUUAAAUCCAUUGGAAAAUUUAUGAAGCUGAUUCCUGACCACAGACCUAAGGAUUUGGAAAAAAUAAUCCGACUGAAGUGCCAAGUUCUUUAUUUUCCAGUCAGGUUUCCUGAUGUGAGCAGGUUCAUGCCAGAGCAUAAACUUGCCCGUUUGGAGAAGGUAAUUGGUGUUAAAAGGAAUGGAGAUGCUUAUCAGUCGGAGGGGCUGCCUGGCCAGCAGGAGAGCAGAGCUGUAAUGAAAGCCAGUGAUGCACAUCCUGAGUCUGGACUUUGUGAGCCCCAGCCUGGACUCUGCACCACACAGCACGAGGGGCUGCCCUCCCCACCAGCAGCCCCAGUCCAGGCUGAAGCACCAGAAAGUACAAAUCCUUGUCAAGGGGAAGAUAAGCAAUGUCUGACUUUUAACCUCUCUAAUAUCUUGAGUGGACUGGACUAUCAGCAAAGACCUCUGCACAUUGCCUGGCCUCACAGGUGGGAACAUGACAAAGAUCCUGAAACUUUCUUUAAAGUUCUGAUGAAGCUGAAAGAGCAAGAUCUGCCUUUCCAAGUGUCUGUCCUUGGAGAGACUUUCAGUGAAAUUCCAGAUAUCUUUUCAGAGGCCAGGGAGGUGUUGGGAUCGUCUGUCUUGCACUGGGGGUACUUGCCCAGCAAGGAUGACUAUUUCCGAGCUCUGUGUGCUGCUGAUGUUGUCAUCUCCACAGCCAAACACGAAUUCUUUGGCGUGGCAAUGAUCGAGGCUGUGCAUUGUGGCUGUUACCCGCUGUGUCCCAAAGCCUUGGUGUACCCAGAGAUAUUCCCAGCUGAAUAUCUGUAUUCUACACCUGAACAGCUUUUUAAAAGGCUUCAGAAUUUCUGCAAGAGACCAGAUAUUGUAAGGAGACAUCUCUAUAAGGGCGACACGGCCGGGUUUUCUUGGGCAGCGCUCGGCAGUAAAUUCAGGUCUCUGCUCGCAGCAGAACCGAGGGAAGAUUUGUGACAGAUGGGGCUAAGUCACAAACUUGCAGCCUCAGGCAGAAUUGUGGAAGUUUCCAGAGUGUGCCCAUAUUUACCUGAUCAGAGAGAAAAGAAAAUCUGCAGAGGAAGCCGAGCCUGGCUGCUUGUCAUAGCUGACACAGAGCCAUCUGCCACAAACCUGUGGCGGCUUCAGAUCUCCAAUCCCUGCCACCACCCCAGCUCAAAUUAAAUACAGAUUCUUAGAGACGUUAUGAUGGUUACACAUGUCCUCGGCAUCACAUGCAGGAGACUGUUCAAAAAAAAUAUGUGGCCUGUUGUGUAACCGCACUCAUGUAUCCCAUAUGUGGUGCCACAUUGAAUUUCCGGUUGAAUCUGUUUUUAUCCUUUGUACUGGAUGACAUGGUGCCUGAAUUCUUUCUUUUCGCCGACACGAUGGCAGCCAAGCUGCAGCUUCAAACGCUCACACUUGGCUGAGUUUCUACCUAGGUUGCCAGGUUAUCAUUGGAGCCUUAUUGUGUCCUCAAAGGGCCACAGGGCCUGAAAGGAGGAUCCGAAUGCUGCUGGACUAAUUGGGCAGCCAUCUCUGGGUUGUUGGGAGGCAAAGGGCUGCUUGAGCACUUCUC